GUUUUGAUAAAAAAAAUCAAAUUGUUUCGAUUAAAAAAAAUCAUAAACCAAAAACCUACACGAAGAGCCUCUUCGUCCAUUAUUGGCGGAAGCCGGAUAGAGGUUCGACGGGUUUAGGUUUGUAAGGGAUGGGAACUUAGCGGGACGGGGGCUUUAGGGUCAAACUCUAGUAAUUCUUUCUGAUGUGGAAGAUCGGACUUAGCCGCAACCACAGAGCAUACUUAGAACGAGACUAGAGCGGAUAAAUUGAGGGAGAAAGAAGUGAAAUGUUUGUGGUGUGAGUUGAAAGUGAAAGGGGAAGGGUUAUUUAUAGUUGGGGGAAGGGGGGAAGGGAUCUGCCGAGAAUUAAAUUCUCCCAGCCUUCACCGCGUCCGUCAGAAACGGUGAAGGCACCGCGUUUCUCGAACACGGUGAUGAGGCGCGGAUCGAGCGACGUGGCUCAGCGUGAGGCGUCGGAUCUGGAAAGAAAACCACGAUCCGCGCCUCAUCGCAUCCUACGGACACGGUGAACGCGCCAGCGACGCGGAUCGCUGACGCAAACAAACACGGGUAUUCACCGUGUUUGUCUAACGCGGUGAAUACCCCGCGUUAGUCCACGUCAGCGCCUUCACCGUGGAAGUCUAAAACGGUGAAGGCUUCACCGUUUUAGUUUAAAACGGGGAGGUGUUCACCGUUCUUAACAAACGCGGUGAACCCUUCACCGUUUUAGUUUGAAACGGUGAAUACAUCACCGUUUUUGUUUAAAACGGUGAAGUAUUCACCGUUUUCGUCAAACGCGGUGAUGACCUUCACCGCUUUUGUCUAAAACGGUGAUUCUCAAAUAUGUGUACUUUUGGAAAUUUUUUUAUAACUUAUGUAUUUUGGGAAUUUUUUUUAAGAACUAGUGUACUUUGUGAUUUUUCACCCAUUAUGGAGCAUAUUAAGAGAAAUUGGUGUACAAGCCCAAAUGGUGGGUUUCAUUUUAAUGGGAAAAUAUCCAUUUAAGAGAAGGCCCAUCGACCAGGGAGACUUUGAGGCGGAUCAGGGCCCAAUCUAGGCAAACUGCAAGCCUAAUCCAUCAAGCGUCAAAGAGCUACGAUUCUCCGGAGCUCGCGGCCGAGGAAAGUUCAUUGUUUUUUUCUGCGGCGGCAAGUUCCAGAGGGGAUGGGCUCUAGAGCAGCGACGGCGAUCAUGUCAAGGGCGCAGAGGAUUCAGACGAAGCUGCAGUCUGCCUUGCAAACGACGGUUCUGGAGAUCGAGGACGUCUCGCAUCAGCACGCAGGUCAUGCCGCCAUGAGGGGAAAUACCGCCGGGGAGACACAUUUCAAUUUGAAGAUCGUCUCUCCCAAAUUCGACGGCCUCAGCCUCGUGAAUCGCCACCGCCUCGUCUACGAUGCGCUGGCGGAGGAGCUCCAAUCCGGGUUGCAUGCCCUUUCAAUCAUGGCCGCCAAAACGCCGGUGGAGUUAUCCGCCACCAAGAAGUGAAAAAACAGAUCGUGGUACUUCCUUCACUUACUUGCAUUUGUCAAAUUCGGAAGCUUUAUUUUAACUUGAGCUGUUCUAUAUAUGGAAGAUGUUUUGAAUUGCAAAGAACAUAUCCAAAUCAGAGCAACCGCCACCGUUUGUAAAACCCUAUCAACUCUGGAUUUUCUUGUAUCCUCAGAAUAAUGCGUAUUUGGGUCAGAGUUGGUUGGUUAUGCUCAACCUCUUGGCAAUUGGAACUAGUAUAGAUAGUAUCUCAUAAUGCUUGAUAUAUGUCAGGGUAAAAAGCUUAAAGGCUUCAGUAAUUCACUCCCUUUUUCAGGUCUCUGUGUGCAUGUGUGUUGGGUUCAGCAUGGUUGGAUUGAAAUAGCUAAAUCUAGAACCUUGGUGCUGAGUUUUUGGUUUGUUCAUUCUUUACUGGAAAAUUCUUAUCUAGGAAAGGACUCAGGAACGUGCCAUUGAUUUUUCUGAGAAUCUCUUUGUUUGUUAUGUACUGAGAAUCUCAUGUGUCCAUCUGACAUUAUGAGAAUUCUCUAUAGGAUGUCUUCAUUAACUGAAGCAGCAAUGACCAGCAAUUGAGCUAUGAGUUGACGGUGAACUUCUGACGGAAGCUCAUUUACAUAUUGAUUAUCAAAGUGAUAUGUUUAGAAGUUAGGAGUCCCCUUCUUUGAGGUGGCAGGUGGGCAUUCGUUCGUGUUUGCAUUAUGUUGUAUGAAUGCUAUUGAAGGUGAUAAAGUUUGGUGAUUCACUAGCAGAUGCCCUCUUUUAGCUUAAAAAGUUCCUAUACUCGACUCUGAGCAUUGUGCAGAUGCUAUGCUGCUAUCUUUGCCGACAGAGUUGGAGGACGCUCGCAACUUACGAAAUGACUCAUGUUGAGUUAAAUCGUGAGUAUCUGUUUGCUGGUUUUCGCAUAAACUUCAUUUAUCAUUGUUUUGCUACUCGCGCUCUGUAUAGUCUGGUUGAGUUGGGAUACCUUAGCAGAAGUCUCAUGGAGGUUCUUAUUUGUUAACUGAGAAAUUGUGUUAGGAACUCUUCAUUGGCCUUGGGAAGUCAGUUUUUGUUAGAAACCGAACAAACAAUAGGGUUAUCGAUUUGGCUGAGUCGCGAACUAGGUCGCUCUCUUUAAGACGUUCGCGGCACUGCCUCGUAAUGCGCACAGCAGACUAUCAGCCGGUCGCCUUCAGGAUAAAACAACCAUUCUGAUUUGUUGCUCAUCAGUUUUGUGCGAAAAACCGGAGCUCUAUAAAUUCACUAUCUCUCGUGUUUCUGCUCUUCUGAGUCGUGUUUAGAGGGUCUGGGGCGUCUCCUAUUUAUAGGAGCAGAAAACCCGGAAUAUUCCCCCUUUCUUUGGGAAUAAGUCAUAUUUUAAUUAGGGAGAUAAUUACUCCCAUAAUUAAAAUAUAAUCUAUUAAGAUAA